UUCAGAGAACUCAGGCGAAACUUCUCAUCCACCAAGCUUCUUCCUACAUUGCAGUCAUGUCGCUUCUUACCAUGGGCCAAGAACACAGAGGAACUAGGGCAAACAUUGCCUCAUUCGAUCCCAAGAAAUUUCGUCAACGUUCACACCCAAUGCCUUAUCCAGACCCAUGGUGCGUACCUUACAUAGAGCGUGCGGGUUUCGGUCAUGUAAUGCAUGUCGUAAAUGCCACCAUUGAUGCCAAAUUCAUUUUGGCUCUGUGUGAACGUUGGAGACCUGAGACACACACCUUUCACCUACCAACUGGUGAAUGUACCGUCACAUUAGAGGACGUGUACAUGCUUUUAGGUCUUAGAAUAGAUGGUAAGCCUGUGACCGGAAAUGUUCAACAGCCUAACCAAAUAUGUGUUCAAAUGUUGGGGGUAGAUCUGGUCGAGGGUGAGGGGUCUGCCAAAGCAAGGGGUCAGGGUAUUAAAUUAUCUAGCCUACAGUUGUACCACGACUCCAUAACUUUGACUGAGGAAUCCUCCGAACAAGAAAAAGUCAUAAAAACCCGGGUUUACAUUAUGCUAUUGUUUGGGAACUUGCUAUUUCCCGAAGGGACGGGAAAUAGCAUAAAUUUUAUGUACUUGAGUUUGCUCGGGGACAUUGAUAGAAUAAGCACAUAUAGUUGGGGUUCUGCAGUAUUAGCAUUCCUAUAUAGCUCUUUGUGUAAAAAUGCACAAAAUGAGCACUGUACAUUUUCUGGAUGUGCUUUUUUGCUUCAAACAUGGGGGUGGUGGAGAUUGCCGAGGCUAGCCCCAGAAAAUCCUAAUGACUACUCCUUCCCCUACGCAACUAGGUUCAUUACAACCGGACUGGAUUACAGUCUUACCCCCAAAAAUAAAAUUAUAUUUUAUCGUCAACUGUUGGAUCGUCUCCGAGCACAGGAUGUAUUAUCACUAAAUCACUCAACUUCUAACUGA